AUGCAAGUUUACGAUUUAAAUAGCGUAAAAGUUUACAAUUUAAGCUGCGGGAAAUCUCUUCCUGACUGGCUGAAUGAGAGAAAGAGAAGGAUGCUUUUGAAGAAGGAUGCAGAUCUACGAAGACGCAUACAGUUGAUACAAGAUUUUGAAAUGCCCACUGUGAGCACUUCAAUUUCGCUGUCCAAAGAUGAAAAAUACAUUUUAGCCACUGGUUUAUACAAGCCUCGAAUCCGUUGUUUCGAUGUCAACCAGAUGUCCUUGAAGUUUGAAAGAUGUUUAGAUUCUGAGGUACUCAAGUUUCAACUUCUUGAUAACGAUUACUCCAAGAUAGUAUUUCUACAAAUUGAUCGAUAUGUUGAGUUUCACUCCAAACAUGGAAAGUACUACAGGACGAGGAUACCUUUUUUUGGCAGGGAUUUCUCAAUCCUCAACACCACUAGUGAUCUAUAUUUUGUCGGGGCCAGUUCAGAAGUCUGUCGUCUUAACCUUCAAGUUGGUCGGUUUCUCAGUCCCCUCUCAACUAAGGCAGAUGAACUGAACUGCUGUGCAUUCAAUGAACAUCACGAAUUAUUCUCCUGUGGGACAACACAAGGUAUAGUUGAAUGCUGGGACCCGAGGGCAAGGAACUGCGUUUGUAGACUUGACUGUGCUGCUCAGUUGAUCGCUCAUGAUAGUGGCAUCAAGGAACUGCCAUCGAUCACUGCCCUUUCAUAUAAUGGGCCGACCAUAAUGGGCGUGGGUACGUCUACUGGCCAGAUACAGAUAUACGAGAUGAGGGUGAACAAACCAAUAGUGACGAAAGAUCACAACUUCAACCUGCCAGUCAAAUGCAUCAAGUUUCAUAGGAACGACAAAAACGACAAUCUCGUUCUCUCCAUCGAUAAAAGAAUCUUAAAGAUGUGGAACCAAGAUACUGGAAAGCCCUUCACUUCUAUAGAGCCUGAGUCGUCAUUGAAUGAUCUGUGUGUUGUGCCAAACAGUGGUCUCAUGUUCAUGGCCAAUGAAGCUCCAAAGAUACUCACUUAUUAUCUACCUGAUUUGGGUCAACCUCCUGCGUGGUGCUCCAUGCUCACUAGUAUUACAGAAGAACUGGAAGAAAGUUCACAAACACAAGUUUACGACGAUUACAAAUUUUUAACGAGGACUGAGAUAGAUGAACUAGGCCUCUCACAUCUCAUCGGUUCAAACAUGUUGAGGGCGGAAAUGCACGGAUACUACGUCAGGGCUGAGAUCUAUCAGAAGGCCAGAUCAUUAGUUGAACCUCUGAAGUAUUCUGAAUAUAAAAAGAACCGAGUUGAAGAUGUUAACAAAGUAGAGAGCAGAAUAAAGGAAGAGAAACCGCUGCCUAAAGUCAACAGAAUGAUUGCCCAGAAACUUGAGUCGUCAUCAAACACUAAGGCUAACAAGUUGAAGAAGAAUUUGUUACUGGAGGGCAGGUUCUCCAAGAUGUUCGAGGAUAACAACUUUGAAGUAGAUGUCUCCAGUGAGCACUACCAGCGGCUGGUUCCUGUGCUGCCCAAAGUUGAUCCUCAGUCAAACAAUCAACGCCAACCAGAUGAGGUCAGAUUAAAUUUAUAA